UAGAAUAACUGAAUCUAUGGCCGACAUGUGGGGCCACUGCCCCAAGUAUAGGUGCCCACCGUUAAGUAAAAAGCGCAAUGAAUAAUUGAUUGUUCUGUGUUUGUUUAGUAAACAGUAAGCCAAGUGUGGUUAAAAAUGUUUACGGACAAAAUCGACGAAUUUCAGAAAUACUUCAAAACCCACAGCAAAUCGAAAGAGUACUUGGGCCAUUCGUCCAAAGUUCACUCGGUAGGCUGGAGCUGCGACGGCAAAAGACUCGCCUCGGGAUCCUUCGAUAAAUGCGUCUGCAUUUACACUCUUGACAGAGACCGGCUGAACAAGGAAAUAACGUUCAAAGGUCACGGGGGUUCGGUGGAUCAGCUAUGCUGGCAUCAAACGAACCCCGACCUUUUGAGCACCGCCAGCGGCGACAAAUCCGUCCGAAUAUGGGACACGAGGGUGCAAAAAUGCGUCGCCACGAUCAGCACCAAGGGCGAGAACAUCAACAUAACCUGGUCGCCGGAUGGUAACGCCAUCGCGGUCGGUAACAAGGAGGAUUUGGUCACUUUCAUCGACGCCAGGACGCACAAAAUCGAAGCGGAGGAACAAUUUCACUUCGAGGUCAACGAAAUCAGCUGGAACAACACCAGCGACCUGUUUUUCUUGACCAACGGCCUCGGUUGUGUGCACAUCUUGAGUUACCCGGAGCUGAAACGUCAGCACGUGCUGAAAGCGCACCCGGGUACUUGCAUUUGCAUUGAAUUCGACCCGACCGGCAAGUAUUUCGCCACCGGGAGCGCGGACGCGCUGGUAUCUCUAUGGGACAUUAACGAAUUGGCCUGUCAAAGGGUUUUCACUAGGAUGGACUGGCCGGUAAGGACGAUUUCCUUCAGCCAUGACGGGCAGCUGCUAGCGAGCGCGUCGGAAGACCUCAUCAUAGAUAUAGCGUUCGUGGAGACGGGCGACAAAAUCGCCGAUAUAAGCGUGGACGGGGCCACAUUCACGGUCGCCUGGCAUCCGUCCCAGUACUUGCUCGCCUACGCUUGCGACGAUAAAGACACUUACGACCGGAAACGGGACGCCGGUAGCCUCAAAGUGUGGGGCUUUGUUUCCGAUUAGAUUAUUUUCCCACCUCAUUUUCUUUCUAAGAAACUUAAUAAAGUGUUCAUUACCAAAAGCCGUUUUCCAUUUUUGAGUUUAACGUUUAUCUACCACUUUGUAUGUCGAGCUGGAUACACCAAUGAGCCUGCACCUCUGUUUUCUCUCUGCCGUGGAACUGAAUCUACAGCCAACCUUCAAUUAAUCAAUUUCCACAGUUCUGUCUCCGAUUUCCUUAAUGUUGCUUUAAUAGAGGAGGCCAUAUAAGUAUGAGAUAAUAUAGAUAAUAUUGCGGUGAAAAUUAAUGCGCCUCAGGUGGAGAAAUGGGCAGGUGACCCUACAUAGAGUUAGAGAUUUGGAAUGUACGUUACUGCGACCCAAAGGAUCUAUUCUGACUCUAAAGCAUAAAUUGAUUGACUGAUUGAGCUACUUUGGACCUAUACCCUUUCUUUUUCACAGUAAAACCUACAUUUUGCGCCAUUUUAUUUCCAAACAACGAUCUCCACACACACAAAUCGUUUUCCAAGAGCAUUUAACUAAAUCUGGACAUA